CAAGGAAUAAUGUCUCCGUCCAUGUUCAACUUCAUCGAAGCUAGAGAUAAAUUCACGGCUGCUACUAGAACAGCGUUGGACAUCAAAACUUGUAAACCUCUGAUAAAUGCAUUUAAUCAUCUACCCGGAAAUGAGACAGAGAAGAAAACCACUCUUGACCAAGCCUUGCGAGGAGUCCUUGAAGAGCAGAUAGUCACACAGAAGGCCAGCUGUGAUGACUUCCUGUCUCUUAUUUAUAUCAGUAUAGAUGGAGUCACGGAAGGCAUCUGUUCGGCGACCACGCCUUUCCUGUUACUGGGGGAUGUUCUCGACUGCCUCCCUCUGGACCAGUGUGACAAAAUAUUCUCAUUUGUCGAGGAAAAUGUCUCCACAUGGAAGUCGAAUACCUUUUACUCAGCGGGGAAAAACUACCUGUUAAGGAUGUGUAAUGAUCUACUGAGGAGACUGUCCAAGUCCCAGAAUACUGUCUUCUGUGGACGCAUUCAGCUUUUCCUCGCCCGUCUCUUUCCGCUCUCUGAGAAAUCAGGCCUGAACCUACAAAGUCAGUUUAACCUGGACAACAUCACAGUGUUUAACAAAAAUGAGCAGGAGAGCACUCUUGGUCAGCGGCACACAGAAGUGAAGGAGGAUGGAAUGGAGGUGGAAGAGGGAGAGAUGGGGGAUGAGGAUGAGCCUGCUCCAUGCUCCAUUCCCAUCGAUUACAACCUCUACAGAAAGUUCUGGACUCUCCAAGACUACUUCAGAAAUCCUGUGCAAUGCUAUGACAAAUUCUCAUGGAUGACUUUUGUCAAGUACUCUGACGAGACUCUGGCUGUUUUCAAAAGCUACAAACUGGACGACAUGCAGGCCUCCAAAAGGAAACUGGAGGAACUGAGGACGGCCGGGGGUGAACACGUUUACUUCGCCAAGUUCCUCACGAGCGAGAAGCUGAUGGACCUUCAGCUGAGUGACAGUAAUUUUCGCCGGCACAUUCUUCUUCAGUACCUCAUUCUCUUCCAGUACCUGAAGGGUCAGGUCAAGUUCAAAAGCUCCAGCUGUGUUCUGAACGAUGACCAGUCUUUGUGGAUGGAAGAUACCGCUAAACUCGUAUAUCAGCUCCUCAAAGAAACUCCGCCAGAUGGUGACAAAUUCGCUGCUAUGGUUGAGCAUAUCCUAAACACAGAAGAGAACUGGAACUCUUGGAAGAAUGAGGGAUGCCCAAGCUUUGUCAAAGAAAGACCAGCAGAAGCCAAACCUGCUCGACCCGGCAGGAAAAGACCAGCUCCCGAGGAUUUCCUUGGAAAGGGACCUGACUGCAAGAUCUUUAUGGGAAAUGAUGAACUGACGAGACUUUGGAAUCUGAACCCAGACAACAUGGAGGCCUGCAAAUCUGACAGCAGGGAGUUCAUGCCCUCUCUGGAGGACUUUUUCGAAGAGGCCAUCGAGCAGGCUGACCCAGCCAACAUGGUGGAAGACCAAUACAAAGUUGUGCGGAACUCGAACUACGGCUGGCGAGCUUUGCGGCUGCUGUCCAGGAGGAGUCCCCACUUCUUUCAGCCCACCAAUCAGCAGUUUAAGAGUCUGGCUGACUACCUGGAGAACAUGGUCAUCAAACUGGCCAAGGAGCUGCCGAAAGACAUCCCAUCUGAGGAGAUAAAGACAGGAGAGGAGGAUGAUGACGAAAAUGGAGACAAUCUGCUGAAAGAAAGCAAUGACAGUCCUGGUAUUCAGAACAAGCCGUUGACCAAUGACCAGAUGGAUGAGAUCGCGUCCAAGCUUGGUGCCCAUUGGAAAACGCUGGCGGGGCAGUUAGAGAUGAAGGCCGUGGACAUGCGUGAGCUGGAAAUGGACAGUGAGGACGACGAGGUGAGGGCCAAGAUGCUCCUAGUGAGGUGGCAGGACAGGGAGGGUAACCAGGCAACCAUGGAGAACCUCCUCACGGCCCUGAACGCAGCAAACCUGACCAACAUCGCCGAGAGCCUCAGCGAAACACAGGACUGAAACAAUUUUUUUCUCAUUAAAAUUUUUUAAGUGAUAUUCUGAGCUGUUCUUCCCAUGUUUUUCAGUUGUUUCUUGUGAAAUGUUUU